AUUUCUUUAUUUGUUUGCGAGAAUCUCUGCAUUUUCUCUGUGCAUAUUUUGUUUUUUUCAUCUCUUUACCUCAGCUUGUGGGUCUCUCCCUGUAACAAACACCACCCUCUCAAGUCAUGGGCGCACCUACACCAACACCAACACCAACACUCUCUCUUCCUCUGCUACGUUUCUCAUGCCUGCUCUGCUUCUAUUGCCAUUUCCCUUCCUUCUUUAAUCUUUAAUAUUCUUCCCAAGAAAUACACAUUCCCAUUUCGCUAUAUUUUUGUCCAUUGCCCAUGGCUAUGAUUUCUUGUAUUCUUUUCAUUUUCUUUCUGUUUCUACGCGCUUGUGCCCAGCGCAGCUCUGAGAAUCUGGCGGAGAUUCAAGCCUUGAUGUCCUUCAAGCUCAAUCUUCACGACUCACUUGGAGCUCUGAAUGGCUGGGAUUCUUCCACGCCCUCCGCUCCUUGCGACUGGCGUGGAGUUGCUUGUACUAAUAACCGUGUCACUGAGAUUCGUCUUCCUCGUCUCCAGUUAGCUGGUCGACUCAGUGAACAAUUAGCCAACCUACACAUGCUGCGCAAGUUGAGCCUCAGGUCCAACUCCUUAAAUGGAACUAUCCCUUCUUCUCUCUCCAGAUGCACACUACUACGUGCUGUUUUCUUGCAGUACAACUCGCUCUCCGGAAAUCUCCCUCUGGAAAUCGGUAACCUCACCGAUCUUCAAGUCCUAAAUGUAGCUCAAAACCAUCUUUCCGGUGAAAUAUCUCCCAAUCUCCCUCCGAACCUUGCGUAUCUGGAUCUUUCAUCUAACACUUUCUCUGGUUCAAUCCCACCCACCAUUGCUAGUCUCUCCCAGCUUCAACUAAUCAAUCUUUCAUACAAUGAGUUGUCUGGUUCGAUUCCGGUGAGCUUUGGUGAGCUUCAAUAUCUCCAGUAUCUCUGGCUGGAUUACAAUCUUUUACAAGGGACUAUACCAUCAGCCAUUGCUAAUUGUUCUUCGCUUGUGCAUUUGAGCGCCAAUGGUAACUCACUUAGAGGUGUGAUCCCGGCGGCCAUAGGAGCACUUCCUAAGCUACAAGUCGUUUCUCUUUCACAAAAUAACCUCUCUGGUUCAGUUCCAUCGUCCAUGUUCUGCAAUAUAUCGGUUUAUCCGCCGUCGCUGCGGAUCUUGCAGCUCGGGUUCAAUGCAUUUACAGAAGUUGUCGGGCCUGAUUCAGGGGACUGCUUUAGUGUUUUGCAGGUUUUGGAUCUUCAAAGGAAUAAAAUACGCGGCUUGUUUCCUUUAUGGUUAACAAAGGUGGCUACUUUGACAUCGUUGGACUUUUCAGGGAAUUUAUUUUCCGGUGUGAUUCCUCCGGAGAUUGGAAAUAUGUUGAGAUUGGAACAGUUCAAGAUGGCUGACAAUUCUUUCAGAGGCGUUAUACCGGCGGAGAUAACACAAUGUAGGUCAUUGCGUGUUCUUGAUCUUGAAGGGAAUCUCUUUUCGGGGGAAAUUCCUGCAGUCUUGGGUGAUAUAAGAGGUUUGAAAGAGUUAUCUCUAGGUGCAAAUCAGUUCUCUGGUUUAGUUCCGGAGACUUUCCGGAAUCUCACGGAACUUGAAACCUUGAGUUUACGUGAUAAUGGUUUGAAUGGAAGCUUGCCAGAGGAGCUCAUGGGGUUGAGCAAUUUAACCACAUUGGACGUUAGUCGAAACAGUUUCUACGGUGAAAUUCCAGCAAAUAUUGGGAAUUUGAGUCGGAUAAUGUCACUGAAUUUGAGUGGUAAUGCCUUUUCGGGGAAGAUUCCAGGUAGUUUGGGAGACAUGUUGAGGCUGACAACACUUGAUUUGAGCAAACAGAAACUCUCUGGCCAGUUGCCAUCAGAGCUUUCUGGCUUGCCAAAUUUACAAGUGAUUGCUUUGCAGGAGAAUGUGUUGUCUGGGGAUGUUCAUGAAGGAUUCAGUAGUUUGAUGGGUUUGCGCUACUUGAACCUCAGUUCUAAUGCCUUAUCUGGUCAAAUUCCAUCAACUUAUGGAUUUCUUCGGUCAUUGGUCGUACUUUCGCUCUCCAAUAAUCACAUCUGUGGAUUGAUACCACCCGAGCUUGGUAACUGUUCUGAUCUUGAAAUUCUUGAGUUGCAAUCAAAUUCUUUAACUGGCCACAUUCCUGCUGAUAUCUCUCGCCUCUCACUUUUGGAAGUGCUUGAUUUAAGUAGGAACAAUUUAUCAGGGGAAAUCCCGGAGGAAAUCUUCAAAUGUUCGUCCUUAACUUCAUUGUUACUAGAUACUAAUCAUCUUUCAGGCCACAUUCCAGAUUCAUUGUCCAAUUUAUCCAACCUAACAUCUCUUGAUCUCUCCACUAACAACUUGAGUGGGGAGAUUCCGGCCAAUCUUACUCGAAUCACUAGCUUGGUAUACUUCAAUGUGUCAAGCAAUAACCUUGAAGGUGAGAUUCCAGUGUUGUUGGGUUCUAGGUUUAACAAUCCUUCAGCAUUUGCGGGUAAUGCAGACCUUUGUGGAAAGCCAUUGAACAGAAAAUGUGUGGAUAUAGCUGAAAGGGACAGAAGGAAAAGGCUGAUUCUUUUGAUUGUUGUGGCUGCAAGCGUAGCUUGCCUCUUGGCAUUGUGUUGCUGCUUCUACAUUUUCAGCCUCUUGAGGUGGCGCAAGAGACUAAAAGAAGGAGCAGCAGGGGAGAAGAAACGGAGCCCUGCAAGGGCUAGCUCAGCGGCGAGUGGCGGUCGAGGCAGCACAGACAAUGGAGGGCCAAAGCUUGUUAUGUUUAACAACAAGAUCACGCUUGCAGAAACAAUUGAAGCAACUAGGCAAUUCGAUGAAGAAAAUGUGCUUAGCAGAACCAGGUAUGGAUUAGUUUUCAAGGCAUGCUAUAACGAUGGAAUGGUACUUUCAAUAAGGAGACUCCCAGAUGGAUCAAUGGAUGAAAACAUGUUUAGGAAAGAAGCUGAGUUUCUAAGCAAAGUAAAGCAUCGAAACCUCACAGUUCUUCGUGGAUACUAUGCUGGGUCACCAGAUUUAAGGCUUCUUGUCUAUGACUACAUGCCCAACGGAAACCUUGCUACUCUCCUCCAAGAAGCAUCUCACCAGGAUGGCCAUGUCCUCAAUUGGCCAAUGCGUCACCUUAUAGCUCUUGGAAUCGCCCGUGGACUAGCCUUUCUACACACAUCAAACACUGUUCAUGGAGAUGUCAAGCCACAGAGUGUUCUAUUCGAUGCAGAUUUCGAAGCCCAUCUCUCAGAUUUUGGGCUAGAUCGCCUGACCUUGCCAACCCCAGCAGAACCCUCCACUUCAACAACAGUUGGCACGUUGGGCUAUGUAUCGCCAGAAGCAGUACUAACAGGAGAGCUCACAAAAGAAUCAGAUGUCUACAGCUUUGGUAUAGUUUUGCUGGAGCUACUGACGGGGAAAAGACCUGUAAUGUUCACCCAAGAUGAAGAUAUAGUGAAGUGGGUCAAGAAGCAACUGCAGAGGGGUCAAAUUACUGAACUGUUAGAGCCAGGAUUACUUGAGCUUGACCCUGAAUCAUCAGAAUGGGAAGAGUUCUUGCUGGGAGUGAAAGUUGGGUUACUUUGCACAGCACCAGACCCUCUUGAUCGACCCACCAUGUCCGAUAUUGUUUUCAUGCUCGAAGGUUGCCGCGUUGGUCCCGAUAUUCCAUCCUCGGCGGAUCCCACCUCUCAGCCCUCACCGGCAUUACAGCCCGAAACAAUUUGAGACCCGAAACCGAGACUUUUUACGUGCCGGCCUCGGGGGGAAGGUGUGGGGACCACAGGGCGGAGAGAAAAGUCCGACAUAUUCAGUCAACGAUUAGGACAGGCGCAGUUAAAGAUGUCCAGGAAAGGACACAAGUGGGGCCCUCCUUUUUAUCCCGCCAAAUAAGAAGUGAAGGGAAGAGAGAAGAGCAGUCUCGUAGAGUCACGUGGCAGAGAAAGAGUGAAAAAGGUAGCCGUUACUGUUGUAGGGUCCGAGGUACAAGCUGGCAAAAACUUUUAAAAAAGAAGUGUCCCUUUUUCUCUAAGGGGUUUUGAUAGAGACCAACUAGGGGGUACAACAGAGUCGAUAAGCUUUCGAUCUCUGGUGAAGCCACGUGGGCUCAUCAGUUGCCCUCAGCUCCUUUUUUGAUAAUGUUACAGUGCACAAAAUUUUAGGUCCCACUGGAACAGUAGUAAAAGAGAGAACAUGAUGACUAAAAAUUUGGGGUGGGGUAACGACCUUAUCGUCGAUUUGCAUCUGAUCUUGUCAUUAAUCUGUAUUUUUUUAAAAAAAAAAAAUUUUAGGACAUAGCAAGUAAUAGUUUUUAUUUUAAAGUAAGAAUAAGGCUCUAUUUUCUCUGUUUGUUUUUUGUUUUUUUGCUUUUUUUGGCAUGGGGCCACAGGCUAAGCAAAGCCAGCCAGUAAUCAGAUUCUUCUUGAAAAGCCCAAAAGCAAAUAGAAAAAAUAGAAUAUCAGCAUCUUAUUUGUUUAAUCAACUCCUUUGUUUUUAUAUCAAUCUCAUCUUCUGUUUU